AUAAUUGGAUAUCAUAUGCAAGGAAUAUUGUUGUCAACAAGCCUUUCUGAAUCAUCUAAAAGUAAGCAAUUACAUGUGAUGAGUUAAAAUAUUGAGGCAGAAACAAGAUAAAGAAAAUAUGUUUCUAGUUUUGAGCAUAGCCUGAGAUAUAUAGUUUACAGUUUAAGUUGUUAUCAGGGCAUCUUUUGUUAAAUGAGUUUGCUAAAAUCAGCAAAGAUAAGUUAGAGAAUGCAAAGUAGUAAGAAAGUAGAGGUUGCAAUAUUAAUGCUUAAAAACAUUGUUCUUAAUACUAAGGCAAAUGUAAUGGUUAGCUUGGAAAAAUUAUGCAUCAGAGCAAGAUCAACAGCAAAGAAAAACUAUAAGUUUAAAGAUUUAACCACUUUUGUACUUGCUGUAAUCAUCUAUAAGAAAGAAAGUCAGAAAUAAAGUUCCAACAGAGCAAAUUAAGAAAGAAUGGAGUUAAGAAUGUAGUAGCGAUUGAUUUGUCUCUGAAUCUAAAACAAACAGAGGAGAAGAGAACUUAAAAAGUCCAAAGGUCGAGAGACCCUGGAGAAAAAGAGGAGAUCGUAAAACAAGAGAUUCCAAUUGAAAUAGAAAAGCAGGAAUUAAAUGGAAAAAAGGUAAAACUAGAGAUGGUGAAAGCUGAACUUGCUCUAUUGAUUUUUAAAUGAGAAAAGUAAUAUAGCAUAAAGCUUAAAAAGUGAAUAACAGAGUAGUAAUUGCAG